AUGGGUGACCUAUGGGUACUUUUGUUUUUGCCUCUGUCCCUGGUAGCUUUCCAUGGCGUCAAAGGCUGUUUGGAAUGUGACCCCAAAUUCACAGAGGAUGUUAUGUUCUUGUUGGAAAACCUUGUACCUACAGACGUUCCUGAAAGAGAUCAACUGCUUCAAAGGCAGCAUAAGGAGAUAUCCCACUUAAGCUCCAAGGUCUCCCACAAGGAUGUGAAUCUUCGGUUGUUGGCUGUUCGAAAUGUUCUCAAAUUGAGAGUAUGGCUGAAGAAUGAAUUUUAUAGACUGGGAAACGAAACAUGGAAAGGGGUCUUUAUCUUCCAAGGCAAGCUCCUUGAGGUCCGCCGAAACUUGGAAUACAAACUGAAAGAAAUGCUAAAGAUCUUCUCUGAAGUUGCUUGUUCAGAAGACUGCAUUAUAACUGAAGGUCCUGUCCUUGACUGUUGGACCUGUCUUCGCUUGACCACCCGGUGUUUCAGUGGAGACUACUGUAAAGAUGAGAAUCCAAGAAGAGCUGAAAAUCGAGAGAUUGCUCUAUAUCUGAUACUGUUGGCAGAAGCUGUGAUAUUGGCAAGUGCUGUGUUACUAUUCUAUUUUUGCAUCUCACAUUGGAAGAAAAUGAAGCUAAUACGAAGGACAUUGAAGACAUAUUUGGAGAAGAAACUUGAAGAAUUAGUAGGGAUGACAGAUACGGAUGAUGAGAAACAAGAUUGGGAGACACAGAAAUCAAAUUCACAGUCUCUGACAAGGGAUCUUUCAGGUGUUGAGUCAAAGAUGCAAACUGGGACUUGA